GCAGCGCCGCGGGCAUCAUUUCGCGGGCAUCAUUUCGUUGGGCUGAGACACGGCAAGCAAGGAAUAUGAACAGGAAAACAAGGCGCUGGAUUUUCCACAUCUUCCUGAGCCUGGGGAUUGUGUAUAUCAAGAUCGGGGGUUUUUCCUCUGUGGUGGCCCUGGGAGCCAGCAUCAUCUGCAACAAGAUCCCGGGUCUCGCCCCCCGGCAGCGGGCGAUCUGCCAGAGCAGGCCCGACGCUAUUAUCGUCAUCGGGGAAGGGUCCCAGAUGGGCAUCAACGAGUGCCAGUUCCAGUUUCGCAAUGGGCGCUGGAACUGCUCUGCCCUGGGAGAGAGGACCGUCUUCGGGAAGGAGCUGAAAGUGGGUAGCAGAGAAGCGGCGUUCACCUAUGCCAUCAUUGCUGCCGGAGUAGCCCACGCCAUCACGGCUGCCUGCACACAGGGAAACCUGAGCGACUGCGGCUGUGACAAAGAGAAACAGGGACAGUACCACAAGGAGGAAGGAUGGAAAUGGGGCGGCUGCUCUGCCGACAUCAGAUACGGAAUAGGAUUCGCCAAAGUGUUUGUGGAUGCCCGGGAGAUUAAGCAGAACGCGCGGACACUGAUGAACCUGCACAACAACGAGGCUGGGCGCAAGAUUCUGGAAGAGAACAUGAAGCUGGAGUGCAAAUGCCAUGGGGUCUCGGGAUCCUGUACCACUAAAACAUGCUGGACAACUCUGCCGAAAUUCCGGGAGCUGGGCUACAUCCUUAAGGACAAAUACAACGAAGCAGUUCAAGUGGAACCAGUGAGGGCAAGUCGCAACAAGCGUCCAACCUUCCUCAAAAUAAAGAAGCCACUUUCGUAUCGCAAACCCAUGGAUACAGAUUUAGUGUACAUAGAAAAAUCUCCCAAUUAUUGUGAAGAAGACCCCGUCACGGGCAGCGUGGGAACGCAGGGGAGGAUGUGCAACAAGACGGCCCAGCAGUCCAAUGGCUGCGACCUGAUGUGCUGCGGUCGAGGUUACAACACACACCAGUACUCGAGAGUGUGGCAGUGCAACUGCAAAUUUCAUUGGUGCUGCUAUGUUAAAUGUAACACAUGCAGUGAAAGAACAGAAGUAUAUACCUGUAAGUGAGUCCGUGGCUGGACAGGCUGACCGCGUCCCUGCCAGGAGUACAUUUGCACAUGCGCUCAACAAACCUACACAAGACUGUAGCGAAGACCUGCUCUCCCAGAAGAAAUGCUGAUGAAUGGAUCCCUGUCUUUUCUUCUCACGUUUGUGGAUACAUAUUUCAGACUCUUAACAAAAGUCAGCCAGGAAACAAAUAAUAAAACCUCAAACUCCACUAAGCACCCUGCCACAUGAAACAGAGAGAUCACUUCAAUUUAUCUGCGCUUCUAUAGCAAAAAAGCAGUGACUGCCUUGUGAAGAGACACCAGAGAAAAUUUUCUGACCACGGCAAUGAACUCUUGGUUUGGAAAAAAAGAUGAAAAAAAUAUGUAGAAGGAGCAGGGAGAGUGGGGGACAAACCCUCAGACACGGGCUUUGCAGAGGAGGCGAUGGACAGUGCCCCGCUGUGACUUGCCCAUGUGAGUGUGAGGGUGAUACAGAUGUAGGCUCCUACACGUGUGAAAAGCUUCUGCUGGUCUUGCCCAUCUUUCCACUUCAUAACAUUUGCUACAGCGAGUAGAACUGUUGAAAUUUUCUGUAGACACUGCUUUAUCUGCCUUUUGUGUGCGUGUGCGUGCUGCAGAUUUAGCACAGGGAUUUGGGACACUUGGGACAUAAUAAUAGCAAUAUUUAACAAUUUAUUCAGAUAAAACUAAUAUUAAUUUAUUUAAUUAAAAAGAACUCUACCGACA